CAAUGGCCUCUUGAAUUCUUGCUUUUUGAACUGAUUACUUAGCAUUAACGCAUUCACUGCUCACUCGCUCUUUUUCCUUCUCGGUCAACCAGUUGAUCGCCGGCGAGUAAUUCGAUAGCCCGUCGCCGCAGAAUCGUCGGUUUUAAGCAGUUCCAAUUAAAAAGCUUCAGAUUUAAUCUCUUGGAGAGUUAGGGAGCUAGGCAUGUCUUUCGAUGGCUUCCCUCCUUUCAUUUCAGCUCAGCUCCAUUACCUCCUCAAUCAUUUUCCUGAUAAAAUCAAGGUUGAGCAAGUGGUGUCUGGUGGCAACAAAUCCUACGGCGUGGGCCUCGAUCGGUUUACAUUGCUUAUCCCAUAUUGCUUAGACUAUAUCAAAUGGGAUGUUAUAUACAAUGCGGAGUUUCCACUGGCUCCGCCAGAUAUUAUUUUUGGACCCGAAGAUGAGGACUUUCACCCUUUACACAUGACUGGCGCUGAAGGAGAGGGAGACUUGAAGUCACUGACUCGGAACAUUUUGUCUGAUUGGAACAAUAAAGACCCAACAAGGCUGCUAGCUUUAAUUCAGGAGAUGAGGGAUCAAUAUAUGUCCUACCAGAGGAAACGUGUUGGAGAAGUGGAUGAUGAUAGGUUGAAAUUUGAGAUUAGCACUAUUUGUUCACGAGAGGGAAUUGAAAUGCAUAUUAGUUCAGGUGCUGAAAAGCCAGAAGAGGUCAAAUUUGCUGUGCCUCUAAUGGAUAUGAACAUAAACAAAAUGGUGCAUGGUUGCCCCUGGAGACAUCCACAAAAGAUAUACUUACAGGUAAUUUAUCCUGUUGGAAGAAAGUAUGCAUCUACUCCUUCGGCACCUCGUUUGAAAUUAAUGUCGACUAUCGAGCUGAGAGCUCUGUUUUCUAUCGAUGAUGUCAAGCUUCCUUCAUGGUUGGAUGGAAUGUGCAUGGCUGAAUAUCUUCCUCACCUAGAAGAAUCUCUUCAGAAACAGGUCCUGGAAGCUGUUUCAUUAAUUGACAUAAGAAGAUGCUUUAUAGAAGCAUUAACCCCAUUGUUUGGAAGACCUCUGGAAGCUGAUCCGGUCUUUUGCAGAAAGGCCACAUUUCUUGCUUCUUCUGGAUCCUUUGUUUUCCUGGUGCACUUUCUUUUUUCAACUCAGUUUCCUAAGCAGCAGCCAGCUCUGAUGCUCCAAAGUUCUCAGCAUAUAUCACCGCAAGGAGUACCAAAAAAGUCACCUCUUCUAACAGAAUAUCCAUGGAGUCCAAGAUGGGAAGUAUCACAAAUGUCUGAGCGGAUAUUUGAUUUCUUGGCGGAUGAAUCUCUCAACUUCAAACGGUUCUGUAACGAGUCUCAACCUCAACACUAGUACGAUUGAGGAUGCUAAAGUUCCAUAUAGGUUAUGCUUUACUCGUCAAAGUCGUGUACAAAUGCUUAAUGGAACGUUUGGUACUUUUAUUUUUUAUGAUUCUGAAAAUGAUGCCAUUAUAGUACCCCCCCCCCCCAAAAAAAAAAAAAAAUGAUGCCAUUAUGGGUUGUGGUGUUUAAUAGUGAUUUGAUUUGUGGAAAGGAAAUGCAAAGUUUUUGUUUUACUUGUCAAUGCAUGCUUCGCCCUUUCAUACCCAAAGAAAAGUCUUUUGUCUUUCAGGAUGCUUAUUAUGCCUGAAGAGCUUUGUGUUAGCAAAAUGAUAUAAACAGCAAAACCAUCGAUGGUGAACGGAUUCCUGAUCUGGUUUCAACAUUUGUCUAUUCUAUGGAUAUAAAGAAGUUGGGUUUCGAAUGGGCUUGGGCUGAACUUACGGGAUAUUUUCCAAUUGGGCCAAGACCAGAAAACUGUCUAGCCCUAGUUUCAGCAGGAUAAGCAGGACUACCAUAUUUGGGUCUAUUAGGGAUGAUUUAAACCCGUUAGUAGAAAUAUUUAUGGUCCGUUUCUACCAAAAUUGGGCUAACCAAGGCUCCCUAACGGGCCAUCAAAGCCCAAACUAAUUUCACUUCCAAACCCUUCAGCUAAUUAAAGCCAUAAACGCACCCGCGCACCGUAAUCAUCCAAUUU